CCAUUAUGUGACGUGGGAAGCUACCACACGCAACGCUCGAGGCCUGUGCAUAACGGCAGGACGCCCAGAAACGCCUGUUGUUCGUUGCACCACUGCACUGCUCUCAACUGCACCACGCCCAGCAGCUCUCUCCCAUCGCCCCUCAUUAGCAUCGGAGCUGGCGGGCAUCUGGGUGGCGGGGGGCUCAUUCUUCGCCAGUGGGGAUGUCAACGCCGCUGCUGAAGAGAGCCAGGUGUUUGCAGAUCCUGAGGCAGCGGAUCAGGUGCUGACGAGUGGUGCCAACAUCCAUGUACUGGGACUCAACGUCACCACACAGGUCGCACUCACAGGUGCAGACCUUUCCUCCCUGUGCCCUCAAGUCACGUCAGCGUCGCCAGUAACAGGAGAGAGCGAGCACGGUACUGCGUCCUUAGUAGGAGCUGCGUCUGUAGGUGCAGAUACGAGCGAGAGUGAGAGAGAGCAUGCAGCUUCGCCCUCACCACCAGCAGCGUCUCUGGUGGGGCGCCUGGUGAAUGCAUACAGGGCCCACCACCAGCAGUCCGACCACAUGGAUGGAAUCUUCCUGCACGACGCGUGUGCAGUGGCAGCCAUCAUGGCGCCCUCACUCUUCUCCUUCAAGCGAGGCAGUGUGCGUGUGGAGUGCACUGGGGUGGGGAGCGGAUGCACGCUCAUGGACUACUCACUCAAGAAUUGGAAUGGCCCCAACCCAUGGGCGUCCAUCGCCAUCAGCCAGCCUUCCCUUAAAGCAGACGCUGCUCUUCUGGCCUCCCUUUCCCGGUUCAGACACCUGACUUCUCUCACGAUUAACAAGUGCGUUUUUGACAAGGACAAUGACGCGUUCCUUCGUGGCCUGGGAUCUGUCUGUCCAAGGUUGAUCUAUCUUGACCUGAACAACGGAGAUUCUCCAGGGGUGACGUAUGAAGGCUUAGAUGCGAUUUUCACAGGCUGCACUGCGCUGCAAUACCUCUCGCUUACCAUGAUGACAGUCAGUUCUGAUACGUUCGACCGUCUACCUGACUCUCUUGUGUCGAGCUUAAGUUCUCUCAAGGCGCUAACUAUCAGAGAUUGUCGAGACUUUAAUUUGCUCUCUGACUCUCUCUGCGAUCUUUCUAACCUCCGCACGUUGGUCCUCAAGGAUUGCUCAGCUCUUUGGGACCUUCCAGAGAGCAUGGAUCGCCUGUCGUCUCUGGAGCAUCUCGAGCUUCGGCUAGAAAGGCACACCAAAACGUGCCCCACGUACAGACCACCACCAGCUCUCAUAUUGCCCCUUACGCAUCUCCAUGCCUCCCUCUCACCCCUUCUUCCCGCCCCUUCUGCCCGCCCCUUCUGCCCCCCACUUUUCCCCGACCCUUCUCCCCCCACCUUCUUCCCCCCCCUUCUUCCCCCCCCUUCUUCCCGCCCCUUCUGCCCGCCCCUUCUGCCCCCCACUUCUCCCCGACCCUUCUCCCCCCACCUUCUUCCCCCCCCUUCUUCUCCCCCCUUCUCCCUGACCCUUCUCCCCCCACCUUCUUCCCCCCCCUUCUUCUCCCCCCUUCUCCCCGACCCUUCUCCCCCCACCUUCUUCCCCCCCCUUCUUCCCCCCCCUUCUUCCCGCCCCUUCUGCCCGCCCCUUCUUCCCACCCCUUCCACUCCGUCAUGUGAACCACACCUCCUCUUAGUUUCGGCACAUUUACAGCGCCCUCACUCUUCUCCUUCAGGCGAGGCAGUGUGCGCGUGGCGUGCACCGGGGGCUGUAGCAGUGGUAGCAGGCACGUGGCAGGGGGCACUCUCUCACAUGGCACUCUCUCACAGGGCACUCUCUCACAUGGCACUCUCUCACAGGGCACUCUCUCACAUGGCACUCUCUCACAUGGCACUCUCUCACAGGGCACUCUCUCACAUGGCACUCUCUCACAGGGCACUCUCUCACAUGGCACUCUCUCACAUGGCACUCUCUCACAGGGCACUCUCUCACAUGGCACUCUCUCACAUGGCACUCUCUCACAGGGCACUCUCUCACAUGGCACUCUCUCACAUGGCACUCUCUCACAGGGCACUCUCUCACAUGGCACUCUCUCACAUGGCACUCUCUCACAUGGCACUCUCUCACAUGGCACUCUCUCACAUGGCACUCUCUCACAUGGCACUCUCUCACAUGGCACUCUCUCACAUGGCACUCUCUCACAUGGCACUCUCUCACAUGGCGCCAUGUUACCUUUUUAGCAUGGGGUGCAUUCUCCUUUCUACCCUUUCUGUUGAGGGCGCCUCAGUGAAAGAAAACUUUCACAUCUGUACACUCUCUACCCUCUCCCUUCCUGCAUUUCCUCCCUCCUGCCUUCGCAUCAGUUGGAAUGGUCCCAACCCAUGGGUGGGGGUGCCGCCAGUGCAAGUGGCCAUGGCUGUUGAUGCUGCUGAGACGUCCAUCGCCAACAGUUCUCCCAGCCUUACAGCAGAUGCUGCUCUUUUGGUAUCCCUUUCCCGGUUCGAACAUCUGACUUCUCUCACGAUCAGCAAAUGCGUUCUCGACCCAGACGAUGAGGAUUUCCUCUACGGCCUAGGAUCCGCCUGUCCAAAGUUGACUUAUCUUGACCUGAACAACGAAGACGAACCAGGGUUGGCGUAUGAAGGAUUAGAUGCGCUCUUCACGGGCUGCACUGCGUUGCAGUACCUCUCGCUUACCAUGACGACAAUCUACGAAGACGGGUGUGAUUUGCCACCAUCCUUCUUCGGCCUUUCAUCCUUGACGGAGGUUACCCUUAAUUUCGAUUUGGCCUUUUUACCUGAUGAAUUCGACAAGCUAAGAUCCCUGACUAAGCUGGCACUCACCGUUCUGCACAAUGACCACCUCCCCGAAUCAAUUGCCCAGCUCACCAGAUUGACCGAGCUGCAGCUACUAAGAAGUUCGGGGCUCACGGACUUACCACAAAAUGUGGAUCGCCUGUCCUCGCUUGAGCAUCUCGAGCUGGGCCAACUUGAAAGCAUUACCCGCCUUCCUGAUACCCUCUCCAAGCUCACAAAUCUUCGCACUUUCUCCUUCAACUGCAACACAGUUGAGGCAGUGUCUCCAUCCCUCCUUCGGCACUGGAGCAGCCUUACGACUCUUGAGUUUGGGUGGCCAGCCAACUGCGUGACGUGCCAGGAGGAUCAAAGUGCUUUCACGAAGUCUAUUUGCCGGCUCUCGAAUCUGAAAACGCUGGUUCUGUUUGGCCUUUUGGACCUGUACGGGCUUCCAGAUGAGAUGGGAAAUCUUUCACAGCUGCAGCGGCUGACUAUCAGUUCGUGCCCUAAACUGAUGAGUGUGCCUGACUCCUUAAGCAGUCUCACCAGCCUCAAGACUCUCGUGGUCACUGCAUGCCCGAAACUUGCGCAUGCUGUGUAUGAUACAAUAUCCAAGAUUCCAAAUCUGGAGAGUGGACGUGUUGAUGGUAGGGAAUUAGGAAAUGGACUGUUUGGAAGGGGAGAGUGA